AUGGCGGAUCUGUACCUCAACAACCAAUUCCUCACCACUGAGCAGUUCACCAAUAUCUACAACCCAAAUCAGCUUCUUCUAUUCGAGUUCUGGAGGCUCAGGAGUCUUCUGAAAUCUUGGGGAUUCUUGAACCAACACCCCCGAGACCCCACUAUGUGGGAAAAAAGGUGGACCACCAAUAUGAAGAUACCCAGGGCUCUGUCGGUUUCCUACAGAGACCUGAUGAACUCCCCCAUCUUCCAUAGGUCGGCUUACGCCUUAGCCUGGGAAGAUGCUUUUCAAUUUCGAGCAGAGCAAGAUGACUGGGCCAGGGCACUUCAUAGGUAUUUGAAGAAUGUGCAUUUUAUUAGUCCAACAAAUGAAGAAGUGUCAUUUGAUAGAAAUGGGGAUAUGCAUUCAGAGUUCACUAUUUUAAACCGGAUUGUCUACAAAAAUCAGACUCUUCAUGACAUCCAAGUGGGGAUAUUUAAAAACCAUGACUUGUUCCCAGAAUUAGUAAUUAAUGAAAGUUUAAUAAGGUGGAACACUGAUAAUGAAAAGGUACCAAGUUCCAAUUGUAGCAUAAUCUGCAAGCCUGGAUACAGAAAGUCACAAAGAGAAGGGGAACCAUCUUGCUGUUAUGAUUGUAUUUUGUGUCCAGAGGGAGAAAUUUCAAAUCAAACAGAUAUGGAAUUUUGCUUGAAGUGUCCAGAAAACCAAUGGCCUAACACCAAGAAGACCAAAUGCAUCUAUAAAGUCAUUAUUUACCUAUCAUAUACAGAGCCUCUGGGCAAAUCUUUGGUGUCAAUAUCACUUGCAUUUUUAAUUGUUACCUGUUUAGUUACUAUGAUUUUCACUAAAUACCAAAACACACCAAUUGUAAAAGCAAAUAACAAACAUCUCAGCUAUAUACUUUUAUUCUCUCUCAAGAUUUGCUUCCUCUGUACCCUGAUAUUCAUUGGGCAUCCCAAGCAAGUGACAUGUAUUCUUAGACAAGCAGUAUUUGGAAUUGCCUUCACCAUAUCUGUUUCUUCCAUUCUGGCCAAGACAUUGACAGUAAUCAUUGCAUUUAAUGCCACCAGGCCUGAAAGCAGGUUAAGCCAUUGGAUUGGACCCAAAGUGUCUAAGUUUAUAAUCAUAAUUUGCUGUCUUAUUCAAAUAAUAAUAUGUGCUAUUUGGUUAGGAACUGCACCCCCAUUUCCACACCAUAAUAUGAAAUAUAUGACUGGCAAAAUAUUGGAAGAAUGCCACGAAGGAUCACUAAUUGGAUUUUAUUCUGUGCUUGGAUACCUGGGAUUUCUGGCAUUUAUCAGUUUUGUUAUUGCUUUCUUAGCAAAGAACUUACCUGACUUUUUCAAUGAAGCCAGACAUAUAACAUUCAGCAUGCUGGUGUUCUGCAGUGUGUGGAUCUCCUUUAUACCAGCAUAUCAAAGUACUAAUGGGAAGCAGUGUGUGGUAGUGGAAAUUUUUGCUAUUCUUGCUUCAAGUUCUGGACUUCUGGUCUGUAUUUUUAUACCCAAGUGUUAUGUUCUACUUUUAAAACCUGAACAGAACACUAAGGCUUUUAUAACAAAGAGCUUAGACAAAAAUGUAAGAACAACAUGA